UGGGGUGGAAGUGAAACUGUGUCAGCCAGCACGCAGCCAGUCAUGGACAAGUUUAAGACGGUUCUGAACAUAGCAAACAAACAGGGUCGAUUCGGGCCCGGGUUAGUGGCUCUGGUGACAGCUGGGGGCGAGCAGAUCUUCUCCUCGGUGGCCUUCAGGUGUCCCUGCAACGAGCUAAACUUCUUCUAUGGCAUGGUGUUCCUGCUCGUGCCGGCCCUGGCCCUGCUGCUGCUGGGCUUUAUUCUGAGUAAGAGGACCUGGAAGCUGGUCACGGGUCUGUGGCACCGCGGGGGUAAGCUGUGUCGCUGGAAGACCCUGAUGUCCGCCUGCAUGGCGCUGUUCCACAUCACCGCAACGGCGCUGGUUGCGCCGAGCAGUUGGGUCGCUGUGGCCCUACUUAACGGAAACUACUAUGAGUGCGCCAUGACAGGCGCCAACCUGAGCGCUUACAACCUGCACGUGUGCCAAGGAAAGCUCCCCGAGGAGCAGUGUAAGCAGGAGCUGUUCAUGUUACCUUGCGAGAAAAGCGCACAACAGAGCGGGAAAGAGGAGGUUCUGCGCACAAUGAGAGCGCAUUCUCAGAUUCUGGGUUGGCUCCUUAUCGCCGUCAUCAUGCUGUCCAACCUCCUGCUGAUCUGCAUGGCUCGCUGCAUGUCGCCUAUGAGCUACCAGCAGCAGAGGUUCUGGAAGGCCUACGCCGAGGAGGAGAAUGACCUCAUGGAUUCAUACACCACCAAACAUGCCAAGGAGUUUGCUGAGAGGAACCUAGAGAGCUUCUUCAAACAGACACCGCCUGAAGACAUAGUCACCCCCUCCAAUAAGGACUGGGAGAGGAUCUCUACUCUGUACAAGUUUAGCACCAGAGACCACUACUACAGCACUCUGCACCAGCAUGUUGAGACCAAGGACCAGGAGGCCGACUUUGGAGUGAGGAUGACUUCAGUUCACUCAACGUGAUCUACUGAGAACCCUGAUGUUCUUCGCUUUGUGGAUGAUGGCUUGGUGUCACUGCAGGGACAGUGAUGGUCUAAUGGAGUCCACUCUGAUGUACAGACAGUGGCAGAGCUAGUCUUUUAUCCUUGGGGUGGCCAGAGGGUGGCCAGUGCUAUUUCAGGGGUUCCACAGAUUAUGCCAAUGAAUUUGUUUCUUGACCAAUCAAUCUCAAUUGGAUGUAAAUAAAUGUUAAAAUGUACAUACUAAGCACACAGGAGAUGAGAUUUGUGAAUAUAAUUUGCAGUUUAUUAACUAUGUACAAAUGUAAAACAACUUGGCAACAAUUUUUCCAAGAAAAAAUGCACGCAUACACACACAAACAGUGUGUAACACACACACACACACACACACACAUCAAUAAUAAAAUAAUUUGACACCAUAAUAAUGCAUGACACAUGCAUCUAAUCGUUUUUGAAUAAACUGGCCAUGCUUCGCUAUUUUGUCUAGUAUGGCCAAAAAGUUCCCCUUAUUCUGAGAGUCUGAGGACUCUCGAUGGCCCCUCUGUGCUAUGUUUUGUGUUGCAGUCAAAAGAAGCAUUUGCUAUUGUUUUCACGUAAUGGCGAUUUUCUUCCACUUUUUUUUGUUGGUUCCUGCUUAAAGUGUUUAACAUGGAUGUGUUCAUCUCAGUAUUUUUUUUAUACU